AUGAUUAUGGAGAAGAUUGGUUCAUUAGAAGAGGAAGCUCUAAAAAGGAAAGAAAGAUUGAAGGAAUUGAAAACUAAACAAUGGAGUACUGACAAGAAGAAUAAGGAUGCUCCUUCUGUUCCAAGACCUGUUUUUAGGAAUUACACACCAAAUGAUGAGAAAUUGAAAGAAACAGUUUUAGAACCAGCUAAACCAGGGAAUGUUGAAGAGGAAAUUAAAGAUCAAUUGGAGGCUGCGAACACACGAGUGAUAAUUGAAGAUUUGGAUAUUACAAGUUUGGCACCAAGGAAACCUGAUUGGGAUUUGAAGAGAGAUGCUGCCAAAAAACUCGAACGUCUUGAAAAGCGAACACAAAGAGCAAUAGCAGAACUUAUCCGAGAAAGACUGAAGUCAGAACAACAUGAUUUUGCAUCUAAAGUGGCUAUUGGUGCUGAGACUGCUGCGUCAUUGGAUGAUGAUGAUUAA